CUGUCAGGGCGCGUGCGAAGGGAGGGCUGUGCCUCUGUCAUUGAAACGAAACCCCCAGCAACCUCAACAUGACCGCCGUCCACCGCCUGGUUAUCGUGCGCCAUGGCGAGAGCUCCUGGAACCAGGAGAACCGCUUCUGCGGCUGGUUCGACGCCGACCUCAGCGAGAAGGGGCUGGAGGAGGCCAAGCGUGGCGCCCAGGCCAUCAAGGACGCCGGCAUGAAGUUCGACAUCUGCUACACCUCCGUGCUGAAGCGCGCCAUCAAGACCCUGUGGACCAUCAUGGAGGGCACGGACCAGAUGUGGCUGCCCGUCGUCCGCACCUGGCGCCUGAACGAGCGGCACUACGGCGGCCUGACGGGCCUCAACAAGGCGGAGACGGCCGCCAAGCACGGCGAGGAGCAGGUCAAAAUCUGGCGCCGCUCCUUCGACAUCCCCCCUCCCCCCAUGGACAAGGAUCACGCCUUCCACAAGAUCAUCAGUGAGUCGAGGCGCUAUAAGGGCCUGAAGGCCGGAGAGCUGCCCACAUGCGAGAGCCUGAAGGACACCAUUGCACGCGCCCUGCCUUUCUGGAACGAUCACAUCGUCCCAGAGAUCAAGGCCGGCAAGAACGUCAUUAUCGCUGCCCACGGCAACAGCCUCCGCGGCAUCGUCAAGCAUUUGGAAAGCAUGACAGAUGCUGCCAUCAUGGAGCUGAAUCUGCCCACAGGCAUCCCCAUCGUGUACGAGCUGGACGCGAACCUCAAGCCCGUGAAGCCCAUGCAGUUUCUGGGUGACGAGGAGACAGUCCGCAAGGCCAUGGAGGCCGUGGCUGCCCAGGGCAAGGUGAAGAAGUGAGCGCCGCCCCAGUGGCGGGAGACGAGACUGUGCCCCUGUCUGGUGUAACCUGCCCACCCCCCACCUGUCUGCCCACACGCAGUCA